AUGGUGGACACAGAACAUUGCAUCAUCAUGGCGAUUCUAGGGGUGUUCAGUAUUGUCGGCACUAUCGGAAACUUUCUGGUAUUAUACAUCUAUACAAAGAAGCGUGAUCGCACAACUUCGAACAUAUUCAUUCUGACGCUUGCAGGAACAGAUUUCCUUACGUGCCUCGUUCUGAUACCAUUUAAUAUUGUGGCUUUGGGAUUAGAUCAUCGACUGGAGAUUGACUUCUUUUGCAAAAUUUACAUGUUCCUUUUGACCUGUAAUGUGCCGUUUUCUGCCUUCGUAAUGGUCGCCAUCGCCUUUGACAGAUAUUUUUGCAUAUGUCACCCAUUUCUGCACGCAAUCAACAUUCCUCGCGCCAAAGCGAUCGUGGUACUAAUGGCUGCCCUUGCGUGUGUAUUUGGAAUCUUGACGUCCAUGAUGUAUUCUAUUUGGACCCCACUGUCGAAUACUACAAAUGACUCUAACAACACGUGUUUACAAACAGCGCCAUCUAGCGACCAGCCUUACAAUGCAUCUUUCAUGACAUCUGCACUCUGUGAUGAGGGGAGCAUUAUGUCCAAUGACACCGCCUUGGAUGGCGAGGAUUUAGAUGGUGUGUGUGGCCCAUACAAUGACAUAUUUGGACCGUACUUCAUUUGGGUGUAUCAGAAAAUAUACGCUGGUUUUUAUUUGUUAUCAUUUUUAAUUGUGUUUGUAUUAUAUGGACUCAUCUACAGAGCGAUACACCUCAGACGAGCACUUAAGGCGAAACGGAAGCGGUCAAGUCUGUUUCCGGCGGCAACUGAAAUUUCAAUGGCGGAAACGCAAAUGACAGCAUUAAACGGAAACAAUAUUGAAAACAACGCCGAAUCUUCAGACAAGUGUGUAAAGAAAAAACAUCCUGGACAAGUCAAAGAUAAAAAUUUCUAUGCAAAUAUUCGGACGGCGGCCAUGCUGUUUAUAGUAACAGUCGUGUUUCUGUUGGCGUUCCUUCCUGCAUGGUUGAUGGCGCAUGGUUGGAUCCCGUACAGCCCAAUUAUUUUUUACAUGUACUUUCUGUACAAUGUCGCUAAUCCGGUGAUAUAUGCCUUCAUGAACAUGUCAUUUCGGGCCGAUCUCAGGUCACUUUUGUGUUCUAGAAAAUAG